AGGUGGGCUGGCGCCUCAAAUCUGAAUAGGUUUCAUCGAUCCUCUUUCUGACCGUGUAGCGGAUUUUAUUUCUUUUCUUUGCUCCGGAUCAUGGACGGUUUCUCCGUCGAACGGAUCGCGUACAUCACCCGGGUUCAGAGCUUCAGCGCCUGCCACCGACUGCACAGUGUUGACUUGAGCGACGAGGAGAAUAAACGUGUGUUUGAGAAAUGCAACAAUCCCAAUGGCCAUGGGCACAACUACACAGUGGAGGUGACAGUUCGAGGAAAAAUUGACCAGGUAACUGGAAUGGUGAUGAACCUGACAGACCUGAAGAGGUGCAUCAAGGAAGCCAUCAUGAUCCCACUGGACCAUAAAAACCUGGAUAAGGAUGUCCCAUACUUUGCCGGCGUCGUCAGCACAACUGAGAACCUGGCGGUUUACAUAUGGGACAACCUGAUGAAGGUUCUUCCCCCCAACCUGCUCUAUAAGAUUAAAAUCCACGAGACAGAUAAAAACAUCAUCACAUAUAGAGGAGAGUAGUCUUCCCUCAACUUUCUCAGCCGCCUGAGCACACGUACACCCACAUUUGCACCUGGUGUUAAAAUGUGUUUUUGGACAGUGGGUUGCAGUUGGAGAGUAUUUGACAGCAUGAAAGGACAUGUGGAAGACGCAUCGAGGACUCAUUGUGAUUUGAUUGGCCAAACUGUCUCCAGAGGUGGUUGGGGUGGCGUGUAAAGGGAAAUGUUGCCAUCGCGGAUCGAUGGUCUCUGCGACACAUUUUUGUUUUUUUGCUAUGACCCUCUUCUGACUGUGACGUGAGCUUCCGGAUGUCAAGGUGUUGAGUGGAGACGCACGUUAAUACCAGGUGGAAAUGUGGCUACGAUGUCUAUUCAGAUUGUUUGUACUCGCCAAACCAAUAGGUAACCUCAAGGUGUUGUACAUGGCAUGUUGACCAGGCGUUAAGAACCUUUAGAACACGGGUCCCGCUUUAAAAUCUGAAAAUCAUCUGUGACCCACCAGAACCUUUAAUCCAAAUCUGGACAGACUCGUGACACCAAAAUGAAGUAUUUCCAACAUUGUUAAACAUUGUCAGGUAAAUCAAGGAUAAUGCACAAUUUAAAUCCCAUAGCUGUGUUUUAUAACUUCUGAUUACAUUUUAAAAAAUAUUUUGAGGUAAUUUAAGACUUUAUUAUAAUUUUAUUUAUUUUUAAACUUUCUUGCAAAUUUGAACAAGGAUGUUUCUUAAAAUUUUUAAUGAUCUCUCAUGACCCACCUGCAGUACCUCCAUGGCCCACCAAGAGACAGCUACCCCCCACACUUUGGGAACCAUUGGUCUUGACCUUACCCUCUGUCUGAGCGAGCGUGAUUACUUGUAUUUAUUUAUUUAUUUUUUUAAAUGGGAAGAAGCCUCAAGCAGAGUUGCUUCUCGUAGGGUGCCAUCAUUGCCCUGUGAACUGUUGGUUUCCCCGUUUUGUGGGUGUUCUUACUCCCCAUCGGACGAGUUAAUUCUGCGUCCACUGAUGAGCAUUAGCUAAUGCCUAGCUCGCAACCAGCCAUAUGUGUUUGGAUGCGUAUGGGUCGCAGGGUUUCAAUACCGCAGGAAUCCUGGGGGAGUGACAGUUAUGGAGUAUCGGUGUAAUGUGUUCCUGUUUACAUAUGAAUUCUAGCUGCACUGUUUUGAAUGUAUUGGAGCCUUUGAAGGUUUUUUCCCUGAGAUCCCAAAGAGCAGGGAGUUAAGUAGUCAAGCAUAGAGGAGACAAAGGCAUGGACGUGUUUUUCAGCAUCAAUGAUGACAUCAUACUGCAGUGAGUGUAGUCUGUGUCACCUAAAGAACUACCUGAGGAACAGCAGAAGGCAUGGCCAAACCAGUGACCCAGUGUCACUCCUGGUAAUUACCCCUCAGAGAACACGGCCUCUGGACAGCAACCAAAUCAAUGAUGCUUUUGCUCUUAAUCACAACAACAGGUGCAUUGUGCUGUUUUGAAGACAUCAAUGGUAGGUGAAAGAUUUUUUCUCUGCCUGUUGGCAUUUUUCCCCUGAGGUUGUAGGCUACAUGUGUAGGUCUGUGGAUAUGUGUAUUGAACAGUAGCCUAGGUUUGUGUGUGUGAUUUUUGGUCAUUCUGUAUGUAAUUAGUGACUGUCGCAGAUCAGAAUGUGGCUAUGUGUACGCACGCCUGUGAACGCGGCAGAGGUGUAGCAGAGAGCCGGCGCGACACACGAGCCCAUAGCACCACAAUAAAAUUACCAAGCUCCCCCAAAGCACCUGCAGAAAAAAAAUUCUCUGGAGCCGCCACUGCGUACGUACUGUGUGCGUUGUUGAUUUUUCGCAAGCCCCAUCAAAUUUGCAUGUUAAGGACCAAAGGUCUGCGACCUUCUACGGCGCUGAACACACGCAAGUGACGCACAAGUCUCAAGCGUGGCUUUGCCAGAUAGACCGUAGUUUGCCUGUAGACUCCCCGUAGUAGCACGUACAGCGGGUUGUGAGCUCGGCUUUACACAGACUGAAAAGCUGUCUGAUCCGGUGUGCCUGUAACCUCUAACGCCAUUCUGUGAGCCGCUCUAACUUACAGACACGAUUCUGGUAGAGUCACCUGAUCUGACAGCGCCCUCAACUAUAAAAACAAAAAACA